GAGCAAGCGGGAGCGCGCUGUUGACGGGGUACUUGAGCUGCAGGUUUGCGAUCUCUCUUCACGGACCUUGUCUUGUCUGCCAGAGAAAGUCAACAACAAAUGAAUCGUUGAGGGAAGACGAAAACAGUGAGGAAGAGGAUGGUGAGCAGCCAGCCGAAGUAUGAGCUGAUCCAGGAGGUAGGACGUGGCAGCUACGGCGUGGUGUACGAGGCGCUGGUGAAACGCACCGGGGCCCGGAUGGCCGUGAAGAAGAUCCGCUGCCACAGCCCAGAGAAUGUAGAGCUGGCCCUCAGGGAAUUCUGGGCCCUGAGCAGUAUCCAGAGCCAGCACCCCAACGUCAUCCACCUGGAGGAGUGUGUCCUGCAGAGAGAUGACCUGGCUCAGAGGAUGAGCCACGGGUCCAGCUCCCCACUGUACCUAGAGCUGGUGGAGACAUCUCUGAAGGGAGAGAUAACCUUUGACCCGUGCUGUGCCUACUAUCUGUGGUUCGUCAUGGACUUCUGUGACGGAGGAGACAUGAACGCUUACUUGCUGUCCCGUAAACCCAGCCGCAAGACCAACACCAGCUUCAUGCUGCAGUUAGGAAGUGCCCUGGCCUUCCUGCACCGAAACCAGAUCAUCCACCGAGAUCUGAAGCCUGACAACAUCCUCAUCUCCCAGGGAAGGACCUUUGCGGGAACCCCCGAGCCCACACUGAAGGUGGCAGACUUCGGGCUGUCAAAGGUCUGCUCCACGUCGGGCCUCAACCCUGAGGAACCAGCCUCCGUCAACAAGUGUUUCCUCUCCACAGCGUGUGGCACGGACUUCUACAUGGCUCCAGAGGUGUGGGAGGGCCACUACACGGCUAAAGCAGACAUCUUUGCCCUGGGUAUCAUCAUCUGGGCCAUGGUGGAGCGGAUCACGUUCGUUGACGUGGAGACCCAGAAGGAGCUCCUGGGAAGCUACGUGCAGCAGGGGGAGGAGAUCGUGCCCCUCGGGGAGGCGCUCCUGGAAAACCCCAAGAUGGAGCUGCUGAUCCCGGCCAGGAUGAAGAGCAUGAACGCGGGCAUGAAACAGCUGAUCCGGGAGAUGCUGUCGUUCAACCCUCAGGAGAGACCUGACGCCUUUGAACUGGAGCUCCGACUGGUCAGGAUCGCCUGCAGAGAGCUCGACUGGGACACGUGAUAAUUGAUGUGGAUAGGAGGAGAGCGGACCAUGGGACUAGUAGUCAAAACAUCAAGCACUUGUAUCUAGUCCUAAUUCACCACUGUUAGCUCUGGUGGUCGAGGCCACACAAUGGGAGUUAUUAUUUUUUUUAAGGGAACAAUUCAAACGUUGCAAAGAUUUUGGCUUUGCAGUUGGAUAUUGGUUUAGAUGUAGGACUACUGGUAAACCUAGCUCAACGGGUUGAUAGCCAGGCUGUAAAAAUGUUUGUUUUGAAUGUUAACAGAGCAAGGCUGUCCAUAAGCACAUUCAGCUGUUUGUCUCUCAGAAGGAGAGGUGUUGCUAGCCACCCCAGUGGUUUAGGCUAACCUGUUAACUUUAACUCUAACUCUCUUUAGUUGUUUGCCUACAAAUUUCACCCCAGUCUCGGUGCUAAUAAUCGUACUUCGGAUGCAAUUUAUGAAACAGGGAGACCGCAUCCCGUGUAGAUAUGAUGCAAUUAAAUUCCAAUUUAGACACGCCUCAGUGAUCGUAAACUGUGCACGCCUGGUUUUACCAGUAUUCUGUGACAACACCCUGCUCCUCCCCAUCAACACACACUUCCCACUGCUCAGGUAAAAUCGAAGAUAUACUGUUGAUUGAUUUGUAGACAACCAGCUGUUUGAAGAGACAUAUCACACAGGACAGUAUUCUGAGCUGGCCCUGAGCCAACUAUGGGAUCAGGCUAAAUCUUGGUAUGCCAGCCCAGCCCAGACAUAAUCUAGCAUAACGCCCAGACAUAAUCUAGCAUAACCCCCAGCCCAGACAUAACCUAGCAUAACCCCCAGCCCAGACAUAACCUAGCAUAACCUCAGUCAGCCAGUGUCAUAAUUGUCCUGGAAUGUGUCAUGAUUGCCCCAUAAUGAAAAUAAUUUUGAGGAAUGGAGUGUUUGGAAUGUAAUUAACUUGAGUCACCAUAAUUUAAAGUCCAGAGAUAGCAAGCUGCUUAUUCAAAACACAUAAAGGAAUGUGUUGUUGCCCCAAACUAACGUUGACGUAUUUAACUGAAGAGCCAAUGUUCUGCUUGUAUUAUUAAAAUAUAGUGCUUUAAUUUAGACUUGAAUUCUCACAACUGAAGGCCAGUGGCGUUCCAAAUGAAACCUGUGUGAGCGGAAUGGUUAGGGGUAUGACUUCACUGGCAAUCACUUGAUUGAAAAAAUGCACUUUUAUUUAGUUAUUUUCCUUUUCAUAACUUACCAUGCUAUUAUCUAUCACCUUCAAAAACAGUGUUUACUUGGGGCCUGGGAAGAUAUAUUGUCAAACAGCAAACAAGAAGUCUCUCUUACACACACACCGGUGUAUUGUCAGCACACAGAACGUCUACUUAUGCAUUCAAUGCCUCUCCCCUUCAGAGAGGAGAUGGAGGCAGCACAGCACACAGUUGUCCCUGAGCCCAGAGGAUCUAUUUAAAAAAUGCAAUUUUGUGUUUUAACCUGAUCUCGUCUCACUGUCAGUUUUCACCUCGGUUUCCCCAGAACAGACACGCACCUCUGUUUCCCCUGGGUCCUGCUGGAUUUAACGGUAAUCCCUUUCUCCACGUUUCCUUCCGACAGACUCCUACUAAGCCUAUUACGUUUGGUGUAGGUGGCAGAGGUAAAGUGAGGCACUCACUGGGGACCCAGGCCUAUUGCCUUGCAGGUCAUAAUUUGUGCGCUUCUAACAGUUGUGAAAAUGAAAACGUUAUCAAUAUCUGAAAAAAAUGUAGUUUUAGUGUGUCAUUCAAACAGUGGCAUAAGUUUUAAAAUAUAUUUCAUACGAGCAGACUGUCGCCAACAUUAACCUGCAUUAUUGCCUUUUUUAAAUGUCUUCCAUUGCCAAAAUCCUCUUGUCUUACAUGAUAUUAACAUACUGUAUGCCUUAUUUUAAUAUCUCCACACACUAGCACUACAUUGUGUGAUUGUUCUGGUGGCCAGGCACAUUUUGUUCAGAGUUUUGGCUAUUGGGUUUUUAUCUCUGCUGUUUUACCCCUUCAAUAUUAGCACUGAUUGCCCCUUUAAUAAAAUGUCUAAAGCACAAUAGGCAGUUGCUAUAUGUAACAAAAAUAUAAACUUAACAAUUUCAAUGAUUUUACUGAGAUACAGUUCAUAAAAAAAGAAAAUCCAGUCAAUUAAAAUACAUUGAUUAGGCCCUAGUUUAUGAAUUUCACAUGACUGAGCAGGGGUGCAGCCAUAGGCUUGGGAGCCAGGCCGAACCAAUCAGAAUGAGUUUUUUCCCCACAAAAGGGCAUUAUUACAGACAGAAAUCCUUCUCAGUUUCUUCAGCUGGUGGCUGUCUCAGAUGAUCCCGCAGGUGAAGAAGCCAGACCUGGAGGUUCUGGGCUGGCGUGGUUACACGUGGUCUGCGGUUGUGAGGUUGGUUGGAGGUACUGCCAAAUGAUCUAAAAUGACGUUGGAGGCGGCUUAUGGUAGAAAAAUUAACAUAAAAUUCUCUGGCAACAGCUCUGGUGGCAUUCCUGCAGUCAGCAUGUCAAUUGCACACUCCCUCAAAAUUGAGACCACUGUGGCACUGUUGUGACAACCACACUUUAGUGGCCUUUUAUUGUCCCCAGCUCAAGGUGCAUCUGUGUAGUGACCAUGCUGUUUAAUCAACUUCUUGAUAUGCCACACCUGUUGGGUGGAUCGAUUAUUUUGGCAAAGGAGAAAUGCUCACUAACAGGGAUGUGCACACAAUUUGAGAGAAAUAAGGUCUUUGCAUAUGGAAUAUUUCUGGGAUAUUUUUUCUGCUCAUAAAACAUGGGACCAACACUUUACAUGCUGCGUUUUAUAUUUUUGUUCAGUAUACAUCAAUUUUUGGACUUUUAAUAUGUACUCAUUGAUUCAUGAAUAUACACUAUGUGCAGAACAAUAGGAACACCUUCCUAAUAUUGAGUUGCAUCCCCUUUUGCUCUCAGAACAGCCUCAAUUCAUCUUGGCAUGGACUCUACAAGGUGUCGAAAGCAUUCCACAGGGAUGCUGGCCAAUGUUGUCUCCAAUGGUUCCCACAGUUGUGUCAAGUUGGCUGGAUGUCCUUUUGGGUGUGAAAAACCCAGCCAGCAUUGCAGUUCUUGACACUCAAACUGGUGCGCCCUCCACAAACAACCAUACCCCGCUCAAAGGCACUUAAAUAUUUUGUCUUGCCCAUUCACCCUCUGAGUGGCACACAUAAACCAGUGGAGGCUGCUGAGGGGAGGACAGCUCAUAAUAUCUGGAAAGGAGCGAACGGAAUGGCAUCAAACACAUGGAACCCAAGUGUUUGAUGUAUUUGAUACUAUUCCACUCCAGCCAUGACCAUGAUGCUGUCCUCCCCAAUUAAGGUAUGAACCUCCUGUGAUAUUCUCAAUUGUCUUAAAUCUUUAACCUGUCUCCCCUUUAUCUACACUGAUUGAAGUGGAUUUAACAAGUGACAUCAAUAACAGAUCAUAGCUUUCACCUGGUCAGUCUGUUGUGGAAAGAGCAGAUGUUCCUAAUGUUUUGUACACCUUGUGUAUAUGAGCUACUACAGAGGCUGAAGGAGGAGUUUAUGGACAUGUGACUGUGAAUUAUUACGAGCGCCUUGACAUUGUUUGAGUUGUAUGUUUGCUGUGAUGGUUGAUCCUUUUUCAACAGUUACUUCAGCUUCCCAUAUGUUCUGUCAUUGAUACAGAAGUGGUUUUAGAGUUGGAUACUGUGUUGGUGUGCUAGUGGUGAUUAAUUAUGUCUUCAUUGGCCCAACUUUGGUUGGUCAUUGAUGUGUUUGUGUGUGUAUUGAUUGUGUACACACACAACUGGGGUCACCUACUCAAAAACAUCUUUGCUGCUUCUGAUGAACUUGAUAAGGAGAUAAAAAUAGCUCGUUGCCUGAAAUAUAAUCCUACCAGACUCAGAUGUGUCACCUUUGGUGAAAUCUGCAUCCAAAAUGGCACCCUAUUGCCCAUAUAAUGCACUACUUUGGACCAGAAGCCCUGGUCCAAAGUAGUGAUGUGAUAUAUAUAUAUAUGGUGCCAUUGGGAACACAAAUCGUAAGUGCCCUAUUCAGAACAGGGCCCAUUGCAACGACAAACCUCAUCAGUUGCAGAUAAACACCAAGCAUCAUCAGUGUAUGAGGGGCUCAAACUUUUCUAUGAACAAUAUUUCCUUUGUAUGUCGUAAGAUAUUUUGAAGAGAAUCAGUGAAAUGUAUCAAUAAAUGCUGUAAAAUGUCA